CGUACAGGCCCCGGCCAGGUACCUCUACUGCUCUUGUUUACCACAGCAUACUAGUUCACAACUUUGCAUGCAUACACAGUCCGGCACACAGAGACAUCGGUUGAUUUGAUUCUACAGCCCUGUCUCAAGAUACAUACAUACAUACAUACAUACAUACAUACAUACAUACACCAGCAGCAGCAGCAGCAGCAGCGAAUUGGAAUAAUUUGCAGCAUGGGUUCAUGGGUGCGCACCAUCACGUCGCCGUUCAGGAAGAUGCUCAACCCGCAGCGGGAGCAGCACGGCAAGAAGACGCGUCACCGCCACCAGUCUUCAGCGCUGGUGCCCGGCGGCGACGCUGCGGAGAGGUCGUCGCAGCUGUACGGCGAGGUGAUGGCGUGCACGUACGAGGACGUCCAGGUCAUGUGGUCCAUGCUCGACAAGGCCAGGAUCUCCAGCGCCGCGGCGUCGUGACCACGCCUUCCACUCGAUCCAUCCCAUCCGCCGUCCGUCCUUGGAGACAAGACGAGACGAUCAGGAUCGAUCCACCAGUACAUACUAGAAGUCUACAGCCAUUGGUUGCAACGCAAGCUCUUGACGAUACGCAAGCGGACGCGCUGCAGCAAGCUACUUGCAGAUCGUCAAGGCUGCAUGCAUGCAAGUUCUGAAACUUGUUUUUUUCCAGUUGAUUUUUGUGUGGUCUAUGAUCUAUCAUGGCCGAGUCUGAAUCCCCUGUACUGGCACACAUGUAUGCAUGUUAUGCUGGAUUAAUGGAGAGAUUUAAGUACUCCUACCACAACAUUAUUAGAUUCUCACUUUUGAGGCCAUGUUUUGUUUCCUCUUUCUUAGUUUUUGGUGUCAGGGAUGCAUGUAUUCGGUCAUCAUCCGAUCCAUUAGUUAUAUAGUAUUUUGGGUUGGGGAUCAA